AUGAUUCGCGACUUCGCGGCGACGUUCGAGGGGUUAGGGCUCAGCCCCGCCUACUGCGGCACCGCCUAUGGCCUAGCGGAGCACGUGGUGGGCGUCUGCGCGCACGAGGCUAACCUGGGGGGAAGGCCUCUUUCUGAGCUCACCGACGAGGACUUGGAGUGCGUGGGGCAGUUGGAGAGGCUCUCCGACGGGUCGAAGCUGAAAAUUGUCGAUCCCAAGACGAGGCGAGAGGUGGCGUUGGGCGAAGUAGGGGAGCUUUGGCUUUCGUCCCCGUCUGUGGCGGCUGGCUACUGGGGACAACCAGAGCUGACGGAGGAAGCUUUUAACGCCAAUGUUGUCGGGGAAGAGCAAGGGGAGGGUUCGGAUAACCCCACAGGGACCGUGUUCCUGCGCACAGGAGACCUCGCCAGGGUGGAGGCUGGGGGCUCCGGCCGCCUGUUCAUCUCGGGCAGGAUCAAGGACCUUAUCAUCGUGAGGGGAAGGAACCUCUACCCUCAGGAUGUGGAGUUCGCGGUCCAGGAGGCCUGCAGCAUGGUCCGACCGGGGUGCGUGGCGGCCUUCUCCACUACCGAGCUCGGUGGAGAGCUGGAGGUGGUGCUGGAGGUGCGUCAGAGCGCGGAAGGGGACCCGGACGGUCUCUCCGAGGGCCUGGAGGCAAUCCGACGCGCCAUCGCCUCCGAGGGGUGCUAUCCUUCGAGGGUGGUGGCCAUCAAGGAGAAGACCAUCCCCAAGACAACAAGCGGCAAGAUUCAGCGCCGCAGGUCCAGGGAGAUGUUGCACCAGGGUGCACUAUCGGUAAUCGCCGAGCUCACCGCACCGCGAGGUUCCAGCUGUAUCGCCGAGGGAAGCACCAAAGCCGCCGCGGCAGUUUCGGGGGGGGUCGUAGCUGCAGCAGCGUCGACCUCGUCGGAGUCCGGGUCGGAGCCGUCCUCCUUGUCGUCGUCGCUGUCUUCCUGGGUGUCCGCGUCUGUACCGGUGCCCCCCCGCCCGGCCUCCUCCUGCUCCUUAUCCUCUGAAGCUUCUGAUGCCGCCGCCGCCGCCGCUGCUCCUGUGGCGUCGCCCACGGCUUCGCAGCCGCCAGCGGGGGGGCCUGAAGAUGCUGCUACUGCCGGCAGCAGUGACCCCUUGGGGACAAAUCAAGAGUGGAGGGAGGGUCUCCGGCAGGAACAGCUGCGGGGACCCCGGGGGGCGGGUGACGACGACGCCGGGGCUGCGGCCGCUGGGAGGGAGUCGUCGGACGGCGACGCCAGCCUGUUGUCGAGGCAGAAGGGCGAGAGGCUGGAGGCGCUGACCAUGCUCGUCGUCGGUACGGCGACGGGCGUUCUCAAGGGUCGUGCCAUCUCCCCGGACCAAGCCCUCUUCGACGCGGGCUUCGACUCCAUCACCGCGGAGGAGUUCGUGGGCAGGCUGCAGGAGCGCCUGUCGAGCGAGGGUUGGGUAUCCGGCGGCCUGCCGGGAGCCGAGGCCGUGGUCUCGUCGACCACGGUGUUUGACUGCCCCACUGCGAGGCACAUCGCGGAGCACGUGGAAGGCGCUCUGAGCAAGACGGGGGCUGGAGAUGACGUAGCGACGGGCGGUCCUCAGGCCAGCACGGAAUCCGGAGACGGAGGGGGAAGGGGAAGAGGUCACUCGCUGGCGGUUGUGGGCAUGUCUUGCCGCUUCCCGGGAGGCUGCGACAGUCCCGAGGCGUUCUGGGAUUUCCUUCGGAAGGGUGCCGACGCCACCUCGGGGGUGCCAUCGGACCGCUGGAGCACUUCCACCGGGGAAGGGAUGUUCACUCAGGAGGGGCCCCCGGCGAAUGGCAAGCCCGGCAACAUCGAGACCCGCGGGGGUUUCCUGUCCGAGGGGGAGGCCUGGGGAUUCGACGACUCAUUCUUCGGGGUACCCCCCGCGGAGGCCCGGUGCAUGGAUCCGCAGCAGCGGAUGAUGCUCGAGGUCGGCUACGAGGCGCUGCACCGUGCGGGCUUCACCCGAGACUCCCUCCGCGGCAGCGAUACGGGCAUCUUCGUGGGGGCCUGCGGAACGGACUGGGCCACCCUGCUCGCCGAAGGGGGGGCGGCGGCUCCGCGCGGCCCGUACACCAGCACGGGAGCUGCGUCGUCCAUGCUCGCCAACCGCCUUUCCUUCACGCUGGGGACAGUGGGGCCGAGCAUGACUGUGGACACGGCGUGCUCGUCGUCGCUGGUGGCCCUGCGGCAGGCGUGCCUGCACCUCAGGGGGGAGGGGGGCCCACGAGUGGCGCUGGUGGGGGGGGUCAACCUGCUGCUGUCGCCCGGUCCGUUCGAUCUCUUCUCGAAGACGGGCAUGUUGGCGCCGGACGGUCGUUCGAAGGCGUUUUCCGCCGGGGCCGACGGUUACGGCCGAGGGGAAGGCUGCGGCGCCGUCGUGCUCAAGAGGCUCGAGGACGCCACGAAGGACGGGGACAGGGUGCUCGCCGUCAUCAAGGGGUCAGCCGUGGGGCACAACGGAAGGAGCGCGACCCUCACCGCCCCCAACGGCACGUCGCAGAAGUCCACCAUAGCGGCGGCUCUCCGAGAGGCUGGGAUCGCACCUAAAGAGGUUUCCUACGUGGAGGCUCAUGGUACCGGGACUGCUCUGGGCGAUCCCGUUGAGUUCGGGGCGCUCAAGGCCGUCUACGGACCCGAAAGCCACAACGUCCCUGCCCCCGCCCCCGCAUGCCUUUCCCGACACCACGCCCCCGACAGACACCUCGAGGGAGCCGCGGGUAUCUCGGGCCUGAUCAAGACCAUCCUCGUGCUGGCCCACGGGUCGGCGCCGCCCAACCUCCACGCGUCCGAGGUGAACCCUCGCAUCGACCUGUCCUCCCUCCCGGCGGUGCUCCCCGCCCCGGGUGCACCAACACGCCUCCUCCGCCCCCGGCCCCGCCGCGGCCGCGGGCCAGUCACUUCUUUCUUUUCCGCCGGUGGAGACGAGGAGCAAGAACGAGGCAACCCGCAGGAGGAGGAGGGGGGAAGAGGGGGAGAAGCUUCUCUCGGAGAUGGCCCCCGACCGCCGUUGCUCGGAGCCGUGAGCUCGUUCGGGUUCGGGGGCACGAACGCCCACGUUGUCCUAGAGGGGAAGGACGGUGCCUUCGGCGGAGGGGAAGGGGGUGCGCCGUCCCCUGUCCCCGGGGUGGCGUUCCUGUUCACCGGGCAGGGGUCGCAGUACCCCGGCAUGGGCCGGGAGUUGUACGAGAGCUACGGCGAGUUCAGGGCGAUCGUGGACGCGUGCGACGAGGAGCUGGCGGGCGUGCUGCCGAGGCGGCUCCUGUCGGUGCUCUACGGGGACGAGAAGGACGCAGCGAAACUUCUGGCGACCACUCGCUACGCCCAGCCCGCGCUGUUCGCCGUGGAGUGCGCGACGGCGGCUACCCUUCGUGCCGCCGGAGUGGUGCCCGCUGCGGUCAUGGGUCACUCCCUGGGGGAGCUCGCGGCGGCCUGCGCGGCCGGUGUCAUGACUCUUCGGGAGGGCGUUCGCCUGGUCGCUGAGCGAGGUCGGCUAAUGGACGACGACGCCUCGACCACGGGGGGAGCAGGCGAAAGCGAAACGGCCGACGAGGACGGGCCCGAGUGCAUGGCCGCGGUGCGGUCUCCCGAGAGCGCAGCCUUGGCGGCGGCGGCGCUCCACGGAGGCGGCGGCCGCGUGUCGGUGGCGGCCGUCAACGGGGCCGACUCCGUCGUGCUGUCGGGGCCCCGCAGACUGGUGGAGAUGGUGUCGGCAGCCGCAUUGGCGUCAUCGUCUCCGUCGCCGCCGCCCACCGCCGAGAAGCAGGCUGGGCCCGCUGCCGUCGACGUCAGAGACUCCGGUCCGGGGAACAACGGUAGCAGUAGCGGCGGCAGCUUAUCCGCGCUCGGCCUAGAGGCGAACGGUGGUGGCGGGGGAGCGGGAGUCAACAGGAACCCUUCCGGGUUUAGCACCCGCCACAUGAGCUGGCUGGCCGGCGCGAAGGCGCCCGUCGUCGCAGUCGCCGGCGGGGGCGGCGGCAAAGCCGCGGUCGACGGGUCUGAGUCAACGGGCUCUGUGUCCCCCAGCAUCGACUCCGAGGAGGCGGAGAGGACUAACGCCGGGUCCGACACGACCUCGAGCACCGAUGGCGCCAUGUCUGAUGGAGCGCUCUCCGACGGCCCGCUGUCCGAUGAUGCUGGGCUGUUGUCAGGCGGCGGAGGCGGAGGCGUACCGCGGAUAGGGGGGCGCGCCUCCCCCCCUACCUCCUCGCCGAGGAAGUUCAGCGGCGACAAGUCGUUGCCGCCGCCGCCGCCCUCCAACGGCCACAGCGCUUGCGGCAACGGCGGCGCGACUGCUGCGAACGGCCACGCUGAACCUUACGGUGCUGCUGCUGCUGCUGCUGCUGCUGCUGGCGUUUGCGGAGGACAGAGCACCGGCGACAAUGCGACGGCUUCCGCCUCCUUCCUCGACCUACCCGCGGACCGCUUCCGGAUGCUCCAGGGGGUCUCCCGAGCGUUCCACUCCCCGGCGAUGGCGGCGGCGGCGGCAGGCACGGAGGCGGCCGCUCGCCGAGUCUCACUGCGUGACCCGGACGUGCCCCUGGCGAGCAACGUCACCGGCCGCCUCGCCCGGGAGGGCGAGCUCACGGACCCGGCCUACUGGGGGCGCCACGUCCUCGGCACCGUGAGGUUCCACGACGGCCUCACCACGCUGACGACGUCUUGCGCCGCGCAGCAGCAGCAGCAGCAGCAGCAGGCGGCGGGGUCGCCACUGUCGGAGAGGAUAACCACGUUCGUUGAGGUGGGGCCGUCCGCGCUGCUCUGCCGCAUGGGCCGGAGGGCGCUGCGGGCGGCGCCGGGGGCGAGCUGCGGCGGCGGCGGUGCGAGAGAUAGGGCGGCGGUGGCGGACUCCCCGCGGUGGAUGGCCGCCAUGUCCCCGGACGAAAGGGCGGCGGGCAAGCGCGGGCUGGGCCACGUGGUGGGCGCGGUUAGGGGCGUCCACUACCGCCGCAGGUCAUACCCUUGGAUUAACGGCGGUUCGGCGGCCUCGACUCCGGCCGAACCGAAGGCAGUGGCCGCUGGGGCGUCGCGGCGCAACGGUGGCGAUCGAGGGCGGCGGCCGCCGCUCAGGCUGCUGGAGACGAAGUGGGUCCGCGUCGGAGAGUUAUCGUCGUCAGGCGCGGACGGGAGUGUUGAGGGUGGGAGGAAGCGGAGCGAUUCAACGGCGAUGGCGGCGGCAGAAGCCGGCGGCGGCGGCGACGUCGUUGACGGGGAGCCGCCGUUGACGGAGGAAGUGGUCUGGCUCCUGGCCGGGCGGACGGACGCGAGCUACGCUUCUCUAUCCGACGCUGUCUCGAGCGACGAUGGGGGCAAGGGGGGUUGCCUUGCUCAUCUUUUGACGGUCGGGCCGACCGCGGCAGGAGGAGAGACCGCCGCCAUCGCCCGCCUCGAAAGGUACGGUUUUCUUUAA